GCCUCGAGGGCGCGAGGGUCGCGCCGCCUCUGCCCGGUGCAGCCUCCCUCGCCCCACCGGCAGGGACUGGGAGCCCAGAAGGGUCCUGGAGGUGAAGGAGGCUGGCUUGUACUUGCCUAACUCUCAGGACAUCAUCACCAGGCCUAGGACACGUGUGUCCUGAGCUCCAGACCUCAGUCCAGAGGAGAGUGGAGCUGCCUUCCCUGCUCUCUGGCCCAUGGCAGCGUAAAGAAGGCACAGUGACCCUGGCCCAAGCCUCUCCGCAGGGCUGCAAGGAGACAGGGACACUAUGUACGUCGUCAGUGACUCUCAUGCCCUUCUCCCUGGCUCUCCCAGAUGAGACUGACAAGUGGCCUGGCUACAGGAGCUGCUGUGUGGCAAGAAGAAUGAGCUCUUGAUCCCAUCACUGUAAAACUCUGAGGGUCUCCACAAAGCCAAACACCAAGAAUUCAUUUCAGGUCCUUGGCAGAUGGGCGCCAGUGCUAUUUACUAACCAGCAAGAUGGAGACCACACCCUUGAAUUCUCAGAAGGCACUUUCGGUGUGUAAGGACAGAGAGGAUUGUCAGGAAAACAGCCUUUUACAGAAGAAUGUUCCUGAGUCAGGGGGUAAAGCAGAGUCUGGCCAGAUAUCCAAUGGGUACUCCGCAGCUCCCAGCUCCAGCACAGGGGAUGACACAGGGCACUCUGUCCCAGCUGCCACCACCACCCUGGUGGCUGAGGUGCAUCAAGGGGAAAGGGAGACCUGGGGCAAGAAGGCGGAUUUCCUCCUCUCCGUCAUCGGCUAUGCUGUGGACCUGGGCAACAUCUGGCGCUUUCCCUACAUAUGUUACCAGAACGGAGGAGGAGCAUUCCUCCUCCCCUACACCAUCAUGGCCAUAUUUGGAGGGAUUCCACUCUUUUAUAUGGAGCUUGCAUUGGGUCAGUACCACCGAAAUGGAUGCAUUUCUAUAUGGAGGAAAAUCUGCCCAAUUUUCAAAGGGAUUGGCUAUGCCAUCUGCAUCAUCGCCUUUUACAUUGCCUCCUACUACAACACCAUCAUGGCCUGGGCACUCUACUACCUCAUCUCCUCCUUCACUGACCAGCUGCCCUGGACCAGCUGCAGGAACUCCUGGAACACUGGAAACUGCACCAACUACUUCUCCGAGGACAACAUCACCUGGACACUCCACUCCACGUCCCCUGCAGAAGAAUUUUAUACACGCCACAUCCUACAGAUCCACCGAUCUAAGGGACUCCAGGACAUGGGUGGCAUCAGUUGGCAGCUUACCCUCUGCAUCAUGCUUAUCUUUACCAUUAUAUACUUCAGCAUCUGGAAAGGCGUCAAAACAUCUGGCAAGGUGGUGUGGGUGACAGCUACCUUUCCUUAUAUCAUCCUUUCCAUACUGCUGGUGAGGGGGGCCACACUCCCAGGGGCAUGGAAGGGUGUUCUCUUCUACCUGAAACCGAACUGGCAGAAACUGCUGGAGACGGGGGUGUGGAUCGAUGCUGCGGCUCAGAUAUUCUUCUCUCUUGGUCCAGGCUUUGGGGUCCUCCUGGCUUUUGCCAGCUAUAACAAAUUCAACAAUAACUGUUACCAAGAUGCGCUGGUGACCAGUGUGGUGAACUGCAUGACGAGCUUCAUUUCGGGAUUUGUCAUCUUCACGGUGCUGGGGUAUAUGGCUGAGAUGAGGAAUGAAGAUGUAUCCGAGGUGGCCAAAGAUGCAGGCCCCAGCCUCCUCUUCAUCACGUAUGCAGAAGCCAUAGCCAACAUGCCAGCGUCCACGUUUUUUGCCAUCAUCUUCUUCCUCAUGUUAAUCACACUGGGUUUGGACAGCACGUUUGCAGGCUUGGAGGGAGUGAUCACAGCUGUGCUGGAUGAGUUUCCGCACAUCUGGGCCAAGCGCCGAGAGUGGUUUGUGCUUGCUGUGGUCAUUAUUUGCUUCUUUGGAUCCUUGACCACCCUGACUUUUGGAGGAGCCUACGUGGUGAAGCUGCUGGAAGAGUAUGCCACGGGGCCUGCGGUGCUCAGUGUCGCAUUUAUAGAAGCAAUCGCUGUGUCCUGGUUCUAUGGCAUCACUCAGUUCUGCAGUGAUGUGAAGGAGAUGCUUGGCUUCAGCCCUGGAUGGUUUUGGAAGAUCUGCUGGGUAGCCAUCAGCCCUCUGUUUCUCCUGUUCAUCAUCUGCAGUUUUCUGAUGACCCCGCCCCAGCUGCGACUUUUCCAUUACAGUUAUCCCCAUUGGAGUGUCAUCCUGGGUUACUGCAUAGGGAUUUCCUCUAUUAUCUGUAUCCCCACAUAUAUAAUUUAUCGGCUGAUCAUUACUCCAGGGACCCUGAAGGAGCGCAUUAUGAAAAGUAUCACUCCAGAAACAGCAACAGAAAUUCCUUGUGGGGACAUCCGCUUGAAUGCUGUGUAACCCAUUCCAGUGAGAAAUGGCUUCCCAGCCCCUACUCCAGCUCUGAUGAAUCCCACCUCACCUCUCUCCUCUAAGUGAAUGAG